AUGGUUGUUAUGUUGACCAAUGGAGCAGAACUCUUAAUGGCGGAAUGACAAAAUCAAACAGUAUGACCGUCAGCAAAUGCUUUGAACGCUGCAAAAGGGAGAACAAGAAAUAUUAUGGCUUAGAGGUUGGCGUGGAGUGUUUCUGUGGAAAUUAUUUGACAAAAACAAAUAAAAAGUCCACGAAUGAUUGUAAGAUGGCGUGUAAGGGGAGACGCAGCGAAGCUUGUGGGAACCACUGGAGGGUUCUGAUUUAUAAAAACCCUUAUUACUCAUCAAUUAUCGUGAAAUCAGGAUAUAUGGGUUGCUACAAGGACCAGUGGAGCCGCACUUUGAAUGGAAAGAAGACGACUUCCAGCAGGAUGACUGUUGACAUGUGUCGAAAUAUUUGUACCAAUGAGAACACCGUAUACUACGGCGUGGAGAACGCUAACGAGUGUUUUUGUGGGAACCGUUUGACACGAAGUGAAAAGAAAAGCGAUCAUGACUGUCUGAAGCAAUGUCGAGGAAACAGACGACAGGGGUGUGGCGGGGCCUGGAGAGUCGCUAUAUAUAGAAACUACAACUACAAACAGAGCUUGGUGGGUUGCUACAAGGAUCAACGUGAUAGAGUCUUGACCGGUGGUAAAACUAAGUCCUCGUCCAUGACCCUGGCUCUCUGUCGAUCCCGAUGCCAAAGAGAAAACAAAAAGUACUAUGGAUUAGAGGUUGGGGAGGAGUGUUUCUGUGGUAAUUAUUUGAAACACAAAAACAAGAGACCAUCCUCGGAAUGUCUAAGACCAUGUAGAGGAAACAAGGCCGAGGGGUGUGGCGGGAACUGGAGAGUAGUCAUCUACAGGAAUUACAAUUACAAAUCUAACAUUGUCAAGACAGCUAGAGUUUCCACAAAAGACAUCUUAGGUUGCUUCAUUGACCAACGCUCCAGAGUGCUAGAUGGUGGAAGAACUAAGUCUAGCCACAUGACUCUUGAAAAAUGUAAAAACAGAUGUAUUAGAGAGAAAAAGAAGUAUUAUGGUUUAGAGGUCGGCGAAGAGUGCUUCUGUGGCAAUUAUUUAACACGACAGUCGGCGCGACCAAACAAAGAGUGUAUGACCCCGUGUAAAGGGGACAGAACUCAGGCCUGCGGCAGCGGAUGGAGAGUACUGAUCUACAAGAACACAGCUUAUAAAUCUAGAGUCGUCAGUCAAAAUUUCAAGGGUUGCUACAAAGACCAGCGGUCUAGAACACUGAAGGAUUAUAAAACUAGUUCUUCAAGAAUGACAGUCAAGAAGUGUUGGGACAUUUGUCACAAGAAAAAUUACCAAUACUACGGAGUACAGGCAAAACGAGAAUGUUUCUGUGGCAACAAACUGACGAGGAAGGUGAAGAAGGACAGUGAGGAAUGUACCCAGCCCUGUACAGGGGACAAAUCUCAGGGAUGUGGAGGGAGCUGGCGUCUGGCCGUGUACACUAAUUCCAAGUUCCCAACAAAAGUUUCUACAACUCACUUUGUGGGCUGCUUCAAGGACCAGCGGUCACGGACAUUAAAUGGCGGGAAAACAGUCUCAAAGAGUAUGACAAUGGAGAAAUGUCAACAAAUUUGUGAAAAGAAAAACAUGAAAUACUUUGGCUUAGAGGUAGGGGAGGAGUGUUUCUGUGGUAAUUAUUUGACGAAAUAUGAAAAGAAAGAUAAAGAGGAUUGUCUGAUGGCCUGUCGCGGGAACAUCAAGCAAGGUUGCGGUGGUCACUGGAGGGUACUCAUCUAUAAAAACCCUAAAUAUAAGAAAUAUGUGGGUUGCUACAAGGACCAAUGGUCAAGAACACUUAAAGACAAAAAGACAACGUCAAAGAAAAUGACCGUGAACAUGUGUAGAAAAACCUGCCUUGGUUUGAAAAUGAAAUAUUAUGGUCUAGAAGCGACAAAUGAGUGUUUCUGCGGUCUCAAACUAUCCAAGAAGGUAGUUAAAGCUGAUGGCGAGUGUACCCGGCCCUGCAAGGGAGAUAAAUCUCAGGCCUGCGGAGGAAGCUGGAGACUGGCCGUGUACGAAAAUCCCGCCUUCCAACAUACUGCUAUCGUGAAGAAGGAAUACUUGGGUUGCUACAAGGACCAGUGGUCCAGGACACUAAAAGAAAAGAAAACAAGAACUUAUGACAUGACGGUAGACAAGUGUAGGAAGAUAUGCACGGAUCUCAAAUUUAAAUAUUAUGGUGUAGAGGCUGCAAAAGAGUGUUUUUGUGGUAACAAGCUCACGAAGUCUAACAAGAAGAAGGACAGUGAGUGCAUGACCCCAUGUAAAGGAGACAGAGAACAGGCGUGUGGCGGAAGUUGGAGACUUGCUGUGUACAAGAACCCCAACUUCAAACCAACGGCCAUUGUAAAAACUGAGUACAUUGGUUGCUACAAAGAUCAAGUUAGCCGAACACUUAAGGCAAAGAAAAUCAGAUCCAAAACUAUGACUGUUGAUAAAUGUAGAAAGACAUGCUCGGAUCUGAAGUACAAAUACUAUGGAGUGGAGGCAAGCAAUGAGUGUUUCUGUGGUAACAAACUCACACAAUCUAACAAGAAGAAGGACAGUGAUUGUAUGAGGCCGUGUAAGGGAGAUAGAGAGCAGGCUUGUGGUGGAAGUUGGAGACUGGCUGUUUAUCAAAUAAAAACUAAAAAAUCCCCAACAAUAUGUAAAGACACAAAAGGAGAAAUACAGUGUAACUCCAACUCGGGUGAAAGAUCCGUCUGUAUUGUGCCAAAAGCAGAACUCGUUCUCAGUGUAGAGCCCAAGUCAUCGGGCACGGAGUGUGAGGCUGGUAAAACAUAUGGACGGCAUGGUGACGAAAUAUGGGUGUCGGACAAAUGUGGCGGGAAAUUUGAAGUUUGUUACAGACAAGCUGAGGAAAAGGAAGUUUCAAACGACUGUAUAAAGACAGCUGAUGGAAGUGAUUACACAGGAACCUGGAAUAAAACUAAAUCUGGCAAAACUUGCCAAGCCUGGUCAUCACAGACCCCCCACAAACACGGACACACCUCCCUCCCAAACAACUACUGUCGAAAUCCUGACGGCGAACCUCAUGCCUGGUGUUACACUACUGAUCCUAAAACCCGAUGGGAGUUCUGUGAUCUAAAACAAUGUGAAGCACCUAAGCCCGGUGAAGCAGAAGAAUGCCUAACUGAACCUAAAGGUCAGAACUAUUUGGGUACAAAGAAUAUCACAAAAUCUGGUUUAACCUGUCAGGCCUGGUCUUCACAAACACCACACAGUCAUUCAUUCAGUAAAACCCUGGGUAAUCAAGAAAACUACUGUAGAAACCCUGAUGGUGAACCAAAGCCUUGGUGUUAUACAACAGACAAAGCCAAACGAUGGGAAUUCUGUGACAUUCCAGAAUGCGCUGCAUGCGAUGUUGAACAAGAAAAGGGUCCAGACUGCAAAGUGAUUUACAAGAUUUCUGGAAGUUGUCAUUAUGAAUCUCACUAUAGCAACGAAUGUAAAUAUACAGUCAGUUUAAAGAAAGGCAGUACCGGAACACUAAAGGCAGACGUAAAAUACGGAACCACAAAGUUCUCACUUGCAGAUGGAAAGGGUGUAAACAAGUGUGCAUAUUUUAAGAUAAUCGGAGACUAUAUGGUUAUCGAAGAUAAACUGGCCCAUGGAUGCUGAAUGAUGCUGGUUUGCAUAAAAUGAAGACAAUCAUUUUUCAGAUGAUCGACAA